GGCCGGAGCUGCCAGGUCCCGGGGAGCCAGAGAAGGCACCGGAGCUGCCCAUGUCCCGCUGGCCGCCCUUCCACGUUGGCAGGGCCUGCACCCGCCAGUGCCACUGCAAGCACCAGGCGCGCAGGAGGCUGCCCCCCAACGUCGCUGCCUGGUUGAACCCCUCUGCCAACCACCUGGCCGAGCCUCCCUGGGUGUCCACUGCCAUCCUGGCUGGGUCACUGGUAGCCGGCACCGAGUUCCUCAUGGAUGCCUACGAGCAGCCGGCCGGAGACGAGGACUGAGCCCUGCUUCAUCCCCUCCAAAAGCAAUAAAUAGACCCUAGUUGUGACUCCCCCUCGCGUCUGCUUCGGUCAUGGCUUGGGGGAGAAGCCCCUACCGCCGCCCUGGGUUGAGCGUGCUGCACGGACCUGCCAAGGCUGCUCGGACUGGCAGCAGGAGCCGAGCAGGGCUGGGGGAGAAAGAGGUGGCAGGGAGCUAAGCGAGAGGGUCGGGGCAGCGUCCUCCCUCCUCCAGCAAGUCCGAGAGCGCAAAUACCCCCUCGCAGGGCAGCUCAAAGGCCUGCACCCUCCUGGCCCAGCCUGUGAGAACUCAGUAAGGGAACCGAGGCAUCCCAUUCAUACAAGAAACCACCAUUUAAUCGAACCCAAGAGCGGCCUGGUCCCUGCUCUGGAAGCUGCCAGCGGCCACGGGGGCCCUGGGGGCUGUGACCGCCGCUCAGCUCCACCCCC